GCCCGUGCCCUACUGCGGGCGGAAGUAGGAGGGAUGGCAGGGGUAGGCGGCAGCAUGGCGGCGGCUGAUGAAUCGGGCCCGCUGCGGCUCUUCGUUAGCAUCGGGCUAAGCGAGACCAAGGCUCGCGAGACCCUUCGGAACGAGGCGCUCACCGCGUUGCUCCGCGAGUCAGUUGUACAGGCACAAGGAAUCCUGGGUCCAGUGAUUGACAAGACAGUCGGCACCCUGUUGUAUAACGUGGCUUCCCGGCUUAAGGACUCAAAGCGUCUUGGUGACCUUGUUGAGUACAUUGCUACCAAAAAGAUUGUCACAGAUCUGCAGCUCAAUGCUGCUCUGGAAUACCUUAAAAGUCACCCUGUGGAUCCCAUUAAUACAGCAGACUUUGACAAGGAGUGUGGCAUUGGCGUGGUCAUCACACCAGAACAGAUUGAAGAGGCAGUGGAAGCUGCCAUCAGUAAACACAGAACUCAGCUCCUUUCAGAGCGUUACCAUUUUAGCAUGGGGGUUCUGAUGGGUGAGGCACGGAGCAAGUUGAAAUGGGCAGAUGGCAAAAUAAUUAAAAAUGAAGUGGACCUGCAGGUUCUAAAUUUGUUAGGCCCAAAGACAGAAGCUGACUUGGAAAAGAAACCCAAGACUCCAAAGGCCCAUAAUACUGAGCCAGAGAAGGGGAAAUCAGUGGUGAUGGGAAAUGGGGAACCACACCAAGAGACAAAAUCGCUCCUGGAGCAGCUGAGAGGUGAAGCACUCAAAUUCCAUAAGCCAGGUGAGAACUACAAAACUGAAGGCUACAUCAUCACACCUAACACCAUGAAUCUGCUGAAGAAGCAUUUAGAGAUCACAGGUGGACAGGUCCGUACACGAUUCCCUCCUGAACCCAAUGGCAUUCUCCACGUCGGUCAUGCCAAAGCUAUCAAUUUCAAUUUUGGCUUUGCCAAGGCGAACGGUGGAAUUUGCUUCCUGCGUUAUGAUGAUACAAACCCUGAAAAAGAGGAGGAGAAAUACUUUACGGGCAUCCGUGACAUGGUGGAGUGGCUGGGAUACAGUCCGUAUGCAGUGACGCAUGCCUCUGACUACUUUGGCCAGUUGUAUACCUUGGCUGUGGACCUCAUUAAAAGGGGCCAUGCUUAUGUUUGCCACCAGAAGGUGGAAGAAAUCAAAGGACACAAUCCACCCCCUUCUCCAUGGCGAGACCGGCCGAUUGAAGAGUCUCUCCUUCUUUUUGAGGACAUGCGCAAAGGAAAGUUUGGAGAGGGAGAGGCCACGUUGCGCAUGAAGAUGGUGAUGGAGGAUGGAAAGAUGGAUCCUGUUGCUUAUCGCAUCAAAUAUACACCACACCACCGCACCGGUGACAAAUGGUGCAUUUACCCCACCUAUGACUACACACACUGCCUCUGUGAUUCCCUGGAGAACAUUACGCACUCACUCUGCACCAAAGAAUUUCAAGCCAGACGUUCUUCCUAUUUCUGGCUGUGCAAUGCCUUGGAUGUGUACUGCCCUGUGCAGUGGGAAUAUGGACGCCUCAAUCUCCUUUAUACUGUGGUCUCCAAACGCAAGAUCAUUCGCCUGGUUGAGGCAGGGGCUGUCAGGGACUGGGAUGACCCAAGACUUUUUACUUUGACUGCUCUUCGCCGCCGAGGCUUUCCACCAGAGGCGAUCAACAACUUCUGUGCAAAGGUGGGUGUAACUGUUGCCCAGUGCACCACGGAGCCUCAUAUGUUGGAAGCCUGUGUACGGGAAGUGCUGAAUGAACAGGCGUCUCGUGCCAUGGCUGUCCUGGAGCCACUACGGGUGACCAUCACUAAUUUUCCAGCACCACACAAAAGUUUAAGCAUCCUUGUGCCCAAUUUCCCUGCUGAUGAGACCAAAGGCUUCCAUGAAAUCCCGUUCCUGCCAACCAUCUACAUUGAGCAAAGUGACUUCCGAGAGGUUCCAGAUAAAGGCUACAAACGCUUAGCACUGGGCCAGCCGGUGGGUUUGAGGCACACUGGCUACGUCAUUGCUGUUCAGAACAUCAUUAAGGAUACCAGUGGAUCUGUCAAAGAGCUAGAAGUGACUUGCACAAAGUCAGAAGCAGCAGAGAAGCCCAAGGCCUUUAUCCACUGGGUGUCAGAUCCUCUUGUGUGUGAGGUCCGCCAGUAUGAGCAGCUGUUCCUGCAUAAGAAUCCUGAAGACUCUACAGAAGUGCCAGGGGGUUUCCUGAGUGAUGUCAAUCCUGACUCCCUUCAUGUGAUUGAUGAAGCUCUGGUGGACAGAUCUGUAUACGGAGCCAAGCCAUUCACCAAAUUCCAGUUUGAGCGGCUCGGGUAUUUCUCAGUAGAUCCUGACAGCACAGAUGCAAAGCUGGUGUUCAAUCGGACAGUGACCUUGAAGGAGGAUCCUGGGAAAGCAUGGUGAUGUUUCCAUCAUAAUUUCUGAACCCAGACAAAAUUGCUCAGAUGUUAUUUCUCCCUCCUUCCCUGGAGUGGGAUGGGGCAUACAGCCCAAGCACAGUCUUCUACUGUAAUGCUCCUGUUGCCUUAAUACACAUCCUGAAUUCACAGUCGAUUGCAUCAAUAAUCAUAAUAAAAAUGAGCCUGGAGAAAUUC